UCAUCCCAUGAUGCACCGCGCCUUCAACGGCUUCAGUCAUUCAAGCGGCUCAGCUCUGGUGUUCAGGAGAGUGUCUGUUCUGUUAGGCCAUCUGGGUUCGGGUAACCUGUGUCCUGAACCGGACCGGUCCCUGAACGGGGGUCUUUACUGUCUCGUUUCGAGCCGAACUUCCCCGUCCAUGCUUCAGGAAUCGCCGGCCGUUGACGGGAAGCGAGCGUUUGGGCGGCAGAAGCGGUGCUGUCAGCGACAUUACAGCCGAAAGCGUUAAAUACACAGACGCAGACCGACCGGAAAGAGAACGGUGGGAAUUCAGGCACACUUUACAAGCAACUUGAUGGAUUUAGAGACCGGAAGAAGCGAACUGGGAGCAAUGGGAGAGUCGCUGCAGCCGCAGACCCCCAGUCGCCACGAGAAAAGUCUAGGACUGCUCACGACUAAAUUUGUGACUCUGCUGCAGGAAGCGAAGGACGGAGUGCUGGAUCUCAAAGCUGCUGCAGAUACUUUGGCUGUAAGGCAGAAACGGCGCAUCUAUGACAUUACCAAUGUUUUGGAAGGCAUCGGACUCAUCGAGAAGAAAUCCAAGAACAGCAUCCAGUGGAAGGGUGUUGGUCCGGGUUGCAACACGCGUGAAAUUGCAGACAAGCUGAUAGACCUCAAGUUGGAAUUGGAGGAUCUUGACAGAAGGGAACAUGAACUUGACCAGCAGAGAGUUUGGGUUCAGCAGAGCAUCAAGAACGUGACGGACGACUCACUUAAUAGCCCUCUGGCAUAUGUAACGCAUCAAGACCUCUGCAAUUGCUUCAAAGGUGACACUCUUCUAGCAAUCAAAGCUCCUUCAGGAACACAGCUGGAGGUUCCUGUGCCUGAAUCUCAUGGCAAUGGUCAAAAGAAGUACCAGAUUCACUUGAAGAGCUCUGCGGGCCCCAUUGAGGUUCUGCUGGUGAAUAAGGACCCCUCUAGUUCUUCUCCGGUGGUGCUGCCUGUUCCUCCUCCUGACGACAUGCUUCAGAGCCUUUCCACCUCAGCUUCAACUACCUCUGCUGCUCCAACCAAACCAGCAGUCAACAGUACACCAUCCUCCACCUCCACCUGCCAGAGUCCCAGCAGCACCACCGCUACCGUCACCACAGUCCCUCCCAACACAACCACUGCCUCCGCUCCUGGGGCUGCUACAGACAUGUCAAGCACCUCCACUUCAGAUACAACAGCCAAUCUGACAUCAACAGACAAGCAGCAGCUUCAGUCAUCUGCAUCAUUGGACAGCAGCUCCUCACUUCCUGAUUCCUCAACCCUUUUUGAAUCAGUGAAAACAGAUCCUUCAGAUCUGUUGGAUCUCCCCAAAGAACUUUCAGAAAUGUUUGACCCUAAAGAAAUUAUGAGUACAGAUUUGCUUGAGGAACUGAUGUCAUCAGAAGUUUUCUCUCCGCUCCUCCGUCUAUCCCCUCCUCCAGGUGACCAUGACUACAUCUAUAACCUGGAUGAGACGGAGGGCCUCUGCGACCUCUUUGACGUUCCCAUUGCCAACCUUUGACCUCCAAACGCACCGCACAAUGAGUAGUGUACUUAAAAGAACUUUCUUUUUUAAUGCACCCUUUUGAAAGGAGGGGAAAAAAAGAAAGUGUGGCUCUGUGUCAGAUCCAUAUGUAUGAUAAGCUGAUUCUGUGUGUAUAUAAAGCUUUUUUUUUUCUUUUUCUUUUUUUUUUUUUAAAUGUGUAUAUUUACUCCAACCCCAAAGCGGCUUACUGAAAAUGAACUUUCCCUGCUAAAUUCAACUACUCCGAUCUGAUCACGACAUCAGACAUCCACAUAAACCAUUUUUUUGACUCAAAAAACCAUUAGACUCAAAUAGUUUUUAUACUACUUUUAUAUAGACAUCGAGGGAAUUUCAUAACUAAAUUCACCAGCAGAUGUUAAUGGUUCAGUGAAAAUACCAGCUAGAUGUUCCCUUUUUAAAUGGUCUUCCUCUUCUGAAGUAGCACCUUUUUUUUCCCCUCUCGUUCAGUAUAUUUACUGAUUUACUUUAUGACUUAUCUGGACAGAUUGUUAAUGAAACAGUGUAUUACUUGUGUGAUUUAUGCUUUUGAAGAAAGCAUGUCUCUAAUGCAUAUGCAUUUUAAAGCUAUUCUGCCAUUAGGAAGAAGUUUGUUCUCCUCUUGCAGCUCUCGGAAACACCCUGCGGGAGCAAGUUAGACUAAUAACAAAGUGGGGAAGAUUGCAUUGCAGAAUAGCGUGUAUUGUGUGGAAUUGAUACCGUUUGGUGCUACAUAGCGAUAUCUAUUUAUCAUAGCGUCUAUUCUCAGAAAAAGCGAAGGAUCAUACUUUGAAUGUUGGAUGGACCAUUUCUGCUUUGUCUGUUUCAGGUGCGUCACGUUAAUAUUAUUUGUCUCAUUCACAAAAUGAUGAAAGCUCAUUUUCAUCACAGAAUGAAAAAAAUAAUGGCAACUUUUUAAUAAUUUUUUUUUUUAUUAGCAAUUCGGAAAAUGCAAUUGCAUAAGAAAAUCUGAACUGAGAGGAAACAGUGGCGAUUGUCUUUUUUAUUUGGUUCGAAAACUAGAAUUCUCUCUAAGAAUUGCAAGAAAGUUUGAUAAAAGUUUCAAUCCUAGCAUUUUAAACUAGCUUUCACAUAGAAUGGCUAGCCUGCAGUGUUUGAAUAUGAAUUUAACCUCGUUUAAUGGAGUAACUGCUGUGGAAAGGUCACAUAUAAGGUUGUGUACAAAUUGUUAAAAUAGAUGCCAAUUGCUAUUUUUGUAUUUUAAAACAUUGUCCCUCGCUAUGAUUUGAGUCCGUAAAGUACAUCUGUCCUUAUCCCAUUUAUAUAUGUAUAGAUGUCUGUAUAUGAGAAACUGUCUAAAGAAGGAUGUGUGUUUCAGGGGGCAGGGGAAGUAAAGGAAAAGAGUAUCAAUGUGGUAUGUACUGAGUGCUGUCCAAACAGAAUGUCAUUAUACGUGGGCUCCUGACUGAGUCCAUGAUGGUUGGCCCCACUAAAAUAGUUUGUUUUCCUAAUGUUCCUAUCAGCUAAAUGAUAUUUUUAUGCUUGUACACAGUAAGCAUUUGCCAUUUAUUUUUGUACUCGAUAGAUCUCCCAACAGCUCUGGUUUUCAUUAGAUAAAUAGCAGUCUCUUCUGUCUAGCUUAUCUCCACAUUGCACUUUAAAACAGUUUAACACGCAGGUAACUUCCAGCCCUAUGCAUUGAUUGGGUUGGCCAAGUCAGUUUUACAGUAUCCAGGGAAUUCAAGCAGUUUUCAAAUCUUCACUGUGUCAUUGCAAAGUACCAGAAUUGUUGUUCUUUACUGGAAUUGUCAACCCCCGUGAAAUAAAGAAUGUUUUUGUAUUUGUGA